CCGUUGGACAGGCCCGCGGCGCGGGGCGCUGCUCUUCCCCCGGGAGGGGGCUCGGCCAAGCGCGGCUCUUUCGCGCCGCUGGUGGCGGCGGCGGCGGCGGCCGACACGGCGGAUCUCUCGAUGGCGAGCCGACUCGCGUCCCUGGGCGGCGAGGCGUCCGAGGAGCCUGCCCGCAAGCUCGAGGUGUCACUGCUCGGCCUGCAGCGCGACGCGGAGGGCGAGGCGGCCCGAGCGUGGCGGAAGCUGCUCUGCUCGCUCGCCCACGACCCGUGCUUGCGCCUCGCCCCCCUCAUCCGCCUGCUCGGCGCCCCAGACAGAGCCGCGCAGGGCGGCGCCCCGCUCGGUCCACCCCGCGGCGGGGCGCCGCUGGCAGCUUCGCCACUGCGGUGGAAGCUCGACCAGUGGGAGGGGCCGCGGGUGCCCAGCGCGGCCGGCGGCGGCGGGAGCGGUCGCAUGCGGCUGCGGGUCCGGCGGGACUGGUACCCAAAGGACCACGCGUCUGCGGCGGCCGAGGUGGUCGGCUCGGCCUCCCCUCCCCUCCUCUCCGUGCCUUGCCGGCUGGUGCGGCUCCUCUCUGCGCAGCCGGGCGUGCUGCAGCUGCACCGCGACGCGGUUCGCUUCCUCCCCGACCCGCCCUGCGAGGCCGAGGCGGCGAGCGUGGCGGAGGACCGCAGCAGCUGCGUGGAGGCCUCCUCCGUCGAGGCGGCGCGGCCGCGUUGCUGGCCGCUGAGCUUGCUGGACGACGUGGCGCAGCGGAGGCAUCUGCCGCCGGACUGUCGGGCAGCCAGACGCGGUGAGCUCCAAGCGCGGCACGCCGAGCUCGUCGACGACUGGCGCUCCUGGCGCAUCUCCAACUUCGACUACCUGAUGCAGCUCAACACGCUCGCCGGCCGCUCGUACAACGACCUCACGCAGUACCCGGUGGUGCCGUGGGUGCUGCAGGACUACACGUCCGAGACCCUCGACCUGGCCGACCCGGCCGUCUACCGCGACCUCUCCAAGCCGGUCGGCGCGCUCGAGCCCGAGCGCGCCGACAAGUUUGCCGAGCGGUACCGCGGGCUCGCGCAGGAGUACGACCCGCGCGCAGGCGAGGCGGCCGGGCUGCCCCCCUUUCACUACGGGUCGCACUACUCGAGCGCGGGGGCCGUGCUCUACUACCUCCUCCGGCUGGAGCCCUUCACCAGCGAGGCCAUCCGGCUGCAGGGCGGCCGCUUCGACGUGGCGGACCGGCUCUUCGACUCGAUCCCGGAGACGUGGCGCUCGUGCAUGAGCAACAUGUCGGACGUUAAGGAGCUCAUCCCCGAGUUCUACACGCUGCCCGACUUCCUGCGCAACGACGCGCAGCUCCCCCUCGGCACGAUGCAAGCCGGCAACGCGCUCGGCGACGCGCACCUGCCGCCUUGGGCAGCCAGCGCCGAGGGCUUUGUCGAGCUGCACCGCGCGGCGCUCGAGUCGGAGCACGUGUCAGAGCACCUGCACUUGUGGAUCGACCUCAUCUUCGGCUGCAAGCAGCGCGGCAGGGCGGCCGCCGAGGCGCUCAACGUCUUCUACUACCUCACCUACGAGGGCGCCGUCUCGCUUGACACGCUCGGCCCGCAGCAGCGCGAGGCGGUCGAGGCGCAGAUUCUCUUCUUCGGACAGACCCCGACGCAGCUCCUCUCCAGGCCCCACCCCCGCCGCCGCCGCCGCGAGGCGAGCGGCCCGCAGCCGCAGAUGUUUUCGAGGCCCGAUGCGGUGCGGCCAUACGCAUGGCCCCUCCGCAGAUUGGCCGGCGGCCGGAGCGGCCGCCCCGAGGCUGCCGACCCGCUCGAGUUCAUCGCCGUGCUGCCCCUGGAGGACCGCCUCCUCACCAUCUCCGCCUCCGGCCGGCUCUGUCUGCACAAGUGGUUCCCGCUCAAGCCGCGCUCGUCGCCCUCCUGCCCCUUCACCUUUGACCCGGCCACGGCGCCGAUCGCCACCUUGCGCGCCGGCGCGAGCGCUGACGAUGACGCGCGGUUCCGGCCAGCGCGGAGCUACGCGGUUGCCGACGGCGAGCGGCGCUCGUGCCGCUGGCUCCUCUCGGGCGGACACGCCGACUGCUCCGUCCGCUGCAUGCUCGUCCUCAAGCCUGAGGUCGUCGUGCUCGGCCGGCACCACGCGGACACCGUCACGGCGAUCCACGUGACCGCCGACGGGCUCUCGUUCGCCACGGGCUCGGCGGACACCACGGCCGUCCUGUGGGCCUUGAUGGCGUGCCCGACGCCGCUGCGCGUCCUCAGCGGCCACCGCGGCCCCCUUCAAGAAGAGGCCGCGUCCGUCACCCUCGGUCCACACGAGUGCGUUGCGGUGUGGGCCGUCCCAAACGGCCGCUUCGUGCGCUCCCUGCCCGUUCACGAGCGUGCUGUCGCCGUCGCCGUUGCACACGCCUCGCAGCGGCUGCUUGUCGCGACGCAGCGUUCCGUGCACGUCUUCUCCGUGAGCGGACGGCCUCUCGCGGUCGUGUCCCCGGACCGUGGCGUGGGCCGCAUCGUGCCCACCAUCGACGGCGAGCUCGCGCUCCUCUCCGAGGGGUCGGCGCUCGCGGUGCGGCGGAUCAGCGACCUGCAGCUGCUGCACCGGUACGACCUGGAGGCUGGCGGCGCCGCCUCCGGUGCGCCCCUGCGCGCCUUCAGCUUGAGCGCGGAGAACCACCACGCGUUUGCGGGCACUGCCGACGGCGGCCUCACAAUCUACGCCAACCCGGUCGUCGGCAUCCAGGUCCUCGAGCGGCUGGCGUCCGAACUGCUCAACCUGUGACCCAACGCGAGAGGGCCGAAGUUGCACAAAAAGUGUACGUUGUCUUUUUGUCUUGAAGUCUAUCUUUGUGGUGACAUGCAUGAACAGGAACAUG